UCAUAUAUUUGCAUAAAUAAAUAUUUACGGAAAGGCAUGAUAGCCCUGCUACUACAUCUUAUUAAGAGGAGACUCAGAGAGCAAGGCUGAGCAUCUAUGAGAACAAAUGUGCAGAAGAAAGUAACCUGAGAUGUCUCGCCUUUCCCCAAGAGGCCCAAUUGCAAAAUAUUUUGGCUCUUUAGGAUUUCGUGGAAGUUGUUUUCUUCCUUUCUCCUCGCCUCCACACAACAAGUUCUACAGAGGAGAAAAGGCAGCUCCCAGAGAAAGCCGUGUCUGCUUUUUUCUGCAAAGCAAUUGAGAAUAAUCAAAAGAGGGGGGUGGUCCAGCCUCAGAGUUUCAGGUGUAGUUGACACUAUGUCUCAGAUGCUGGCCUAUUCGGUGUUGCUACUGUUUGUGGCACUGCUGAGGCCCUUGCCAACUCUUGUCCAAAAAGAAACCCGUCAGGAGAAAUUCCACCGGCAGCAUGUCGCUUUCCCAAAGACUGACAGCGAACUGGGUGCCCGGCGCUACUGCAACCUGAUGAUGCAACGAAGAGGAAUGACAGCCAUCAGGUGUAAGCCCACCAACACCUUCAUCCAUGGGAGCCCUACAGAAGUGGAUGCGAUUUGCAGCGAUGGGGGGACUCACUCUAGUGAGAAUUACUAUGACAGCAAUAGCUUCUUUGAGCUCACUGCUUGCCGUUUGACGGGGGAAGGAUCCAGGCCUCCCAACUGUAACUAUCGAGGCAGACUCAGCACCCAGCAGAUCCGAGUUGCCUGCAUAAACGGCGUGCCAGUGCAUUUCAAAACACAUCUUUAGGAGCAAGAAAGGAGCCACCAUUGGAAACAUCAGUGACCAUGGUGGCCAGUUGGGGAUUAUAUAUCUUUAGCUACUUUAGAAGCCAAGAGAAUUCAAAAUUCCAUUUCCUUUUUAGUGUAGUGGUGUGUUUCAUUUACAAUAUGCUCUGGGCAUUUUUUUUUCACUUCUUUCACCCCUCCUCUCUUCGUUUAGUCUUCCUCUUCUACAGCUUAAGCCAACCUGGGGACUUCCAAAUAAGUUGGGACUGUGAUUCCCCAGAAUUCCCAGUCAGCAUUGCUGACAGGAAUUCUGGGAGAUGUAGUCCUAAUGCAAUUGUGGGGAUCCAAGCUGUGGAAGGCUUAAAUUUAGUUGCCAUAUCUGGACCUGGUGACAAGAUGGCUGUAAAGUGAUACAGAAAACCUGAAGCUGUGUUUCUCAAACUUGGCAAACUUAAGACAUGUGGACUUCAACU